AUGAUGGACGAAAGCGUCCGCAAGAGCUGGCAGCUUGCGCCCGACCAGGUGGACGUCAAGAACCCGCUGUGGCACUGUGGAAUGGACAAGUUGAGCGAGACGGUGGCCAGUAGACUUGGCUACAAAGACGUACCGCUGCAGUGCAAACUAUACAAGUUGCUGGCGUACGGGGAAGGAGGACACUUUGUGAAGCACCAGGACACUGAGAAGGAAGACGGCAUGAUCGCCACGAUGGUGAUGAAGCACCGUCACGAUUUCGGCAAGAAGGACGGUACGGCGCCGUACUUGCCGCACUAUGCAGUGCACUACACUGACGCGGAGCACGCGCUGAAAGAGGUGACGAAGGGGUACAGACUGGUGUUGAUUUACUCCAUUUGCUUGCCGCCGACGAUGCGUCACUUGAUGCGCGAUCAUGAUGAGGGUUUGAGCGACAAGGUGGGUGCUGCUAUCAAUACUAUGGGAGAUGAUGAGAAGUCCUUUGCGCUGCUGCUGGCCCAGGAAUACACCGGCAAGAGUAUUGAAGAGUUGGGGUCCGGAGCACUGAAAAGUGUCGAUCGUUCAAGGUUCCAGACGCUGGAGGAAGCGAACUGCGUUGCCGCUCCUGGUAAGAAGCUGCAGUUCUUCCUUGCCCAGCUCAAGCACGACAUCAGCUACUGGGACGAUGGCGGGUCGUGGCUCAAGCUGAAUUUGCUGAAUCCCAGUCAGGAAACGCUUUCGGAGCAGUGGGCCCUUCAUGGAAACAGUACGUUUGAGGGGUAUCUCGGAAACGAAGGCGCGACGAAGGACACGACGUAUUCCCGGUACGCGAUUGUGGCUUGGCCCGCAGUUCACGGCGUGGAAAACGCGUUCAAGUUCAUCAAUGUGAAUGCUGCGGCGGAGGCUCUGGAAUGCCAGCGGCCUGUUGACGCCGCGACAGUUCUCGAGUUCAUGGAUGAUACCGUAUCGACUGCGUUUUGCCGUACGCUGUGCAGCUUAUUGGUCGAGGUCGGGGAUGCAUCGUUGGUGAACCUGUUCCUCAAAACCUUUGUGAAGUCGGUGGACGACUUCAAGAAGAAUGAUGAACUUGCUGCCCCCUUCACUGUGCUUGCCCGUAAUUUCGACUGGAACGAUAUCGGCCAGGUGCUACUUGACUCGUUGAGCAAGACGGACGACGAUGUUGAAUUCAUUGGUGAUUCGGAUGACGAAGAGGAAGCUGAAGAGACCGAUGAUUCACGCAUGGCGAUAGCGCUGGAGAUUGUUGAUGGUCUGGGUGCUGGAGCUGCUCAGCAAGCGUUACUGAAGAUAGCGGUGGAGAAGGUGUCGCGCCUUCGUAAAGAGGACUUAUGCUCGUCUAAGGCGCUUCCUCUCCUCUGGAAGUGGGUCAUUCAAUGCGGUGACCAGACGAUGCUCGACACGGUCGCAUCCAAGUUCAAGCAAACGCCGCCGAGCCUCCUCCAGCCCGUUAUCGAGUCGUUCUCGCAGCAUCUCGGUACUCUCCCUGCUUCGGACGACAGAUUUGUGGCGCUUUCUGCGAUUGCUAACAAGAGAAUCGAAUGGUUGAAUAUCCAGCUCCAAGCGUUGGGUAAACCGUUCUCUUGGGAGAUGCCGGACGCUUCCUUCCCCGACAACGCGAGAAUUCAAGCAUUUUUACGAGGCCCUGAGAGCUCAAUGGAUACCAACGGAGUUCGUCACUUCAACGGAGUUGGCCAUGCCCGCAACUACGCCGAAACGUGGAUGCGUGAGAAGCAGGUGAACGCUUCGUUCACCUUGGAAGCUGAAGGCCGAGGCGGAAGUGCGUAUGUGGUCAUUACGAAGACUCGAGCGUGGCUGUCUGAGCACCAAAAGGAACUGUUGAAGCACAAGACGGAGCUGGCCCUGCUUUCGGCAAGGUUUGGAGCUGCCGAAGGUGCUGCAAGCGGUGGUGCCAGAAAACGAGCACGACACGAGUAA